AUGGCUGCGCCGCGGUUGACUUUGCGGCCUAUUUCGAGAUCUUUCUCUACAGCAACGAGGGGACUGAGAAAUGAUACCCUGCGCAUUGCUUCUCGAACAGCUCGCACGAAUACCUUCACUAUGCGCUCGUCACCUUCUCCUUGCACCUCCGCUUCCGCUUCCACAUCCACGUCUACCUCAUCCUCGCCACUUCCCUGCGUUCAGAUCCGACAUAGUUCUUACUCCUCCUCCGACCCUGGACCCAAUGCGCGCAAGAAGGUCACUCUCCAGACAUUGAAGAACCUUUAUAAGAAGGGGGAGCCCAUUACAAUGCUCACAGCCCACGACUUCCCCAGUGCACAUGUAGCCGAUGCGGCGGGGAUCGAUGUCGUCUUGGUUGGAGAUAGUUUGGGCAUGGUAGCGAUGGGGCUGGAAAACACGACGGAAGUUGUGAUGGAAGAAAUGAUCAUGCAUUGUCGGAGCGUCGUCCGCGGUGCGAAGAGUGCUUUCAUUGUCGGUGAUCUGCCCAUGGGAUCAUAUGAGAUCAGCCCCGAACAAGCGGUUGAAUCAUCACUUCGUCUCGUAAAGGAAGGUCGUGUACAUGGUGUGAAGAUUGAAGGAGGUGACGAGUUAGGCCCGACAAUUAAACGGAUCACUCAGGCUGGUAUCCCCGUCGUCGGACACGUGGGCUUGACACCGCAACGACAAAAUGCGCUUGGUGGCUUCCGGGUGCAGGGUAAGACAUGCAGCAGUGCGAUGAAGCUAUUGUAUGAUGCCGAGGUAAUGCAAGAGGCUGGCGUGUCGAUGUUCGUCCUUGAAGCGAUGCCACCAGAGGUUGCAACGCUUAUUACAAACAAGCUGAAGGUUCCAACGAUUGGAAUCGGUGCUGGAAACGGGUGUUCAGGGCAAGUACUCGUUCAAAUUGACAUGACCGGAAACUUUCAGCCUGGCCGCUUCGUUCCCAAAUUUGUCAAGAAAUAUGCCGAUGUGUGGGGUGAAGCUACUCGGGGCAUCACUCAAUACCGCGAAGAAGUUAAGAGCCGUGCUUUCCCUUCACAGGAGUACACAUACCCCAUCACAAAAGAAGAGUUGGCGAAGUUCCAUGAGGCGGUUGAGGGAAAAUAUCGAAAGUAA